CAUAAACAUUAUCAAAUUAUUAUACGAUUAGUAAUAUAAAAGUUUACGAUGGAUUACUGAAAGGAAACCUAUAAAAGAUGUUAGGGAUUACGAAUUAUUUAGUUGACGUUUAAAAUGGUGAAACUACUGGUGCUAGUUGUCGCCUUGGCCGCAGGAUCCGCCUUUUCGGCGUCGGCUCCAGGGCGCAUAGUCGGUGGUGAGUUGACCACCAUCGACAAGUACCCUUCCAUAGUCCAGGUGGAUUACUUUGGGCCAAACUCUGGUACUUGGUCGCAAUCCUGUGGUGCCAACAUCCUCAAUGCUUACUACGUGCUAUCUGCUGCCCACUGCUUUGCUGGAAGGACCUACGACCCCAGCCUUAGACGCAUCAGAGCCGGCACGUCCUACCGUAACACUGGAGGAAUCAUCUCCUACGUCUUGAGGGAGCACAACCACCCUACUUACGGCAAGAGAGGGUUCGACGGAGAUAUCACCGUAGUACGCCUGAUCAAUGCUCUGGUCUAUAGCCCAGUAGUCCAGCGAGGCACUAUCAUCUACCAGGAUGGAGUUAUCCCGGAUUAUAUGCCUGUGGUUCAUGCUGGAUGGGGCCGGACUACGCAAGGAGGCCUCUUAUCACCCCAGCUCAGAGACGUCGUGAUCUACGUGAUCAACCGGGAACUUUGCGCUGAGAGGUACCUCACUCUCAACCCUCCAGGCAUUGUCACGGAGAACAUGAUUUGCGCUGGUCUCCUCGACAUCGGAGGUCGCGACGCCUGUCAGGGCGACUCCGGCGGACCCCUGUACUACGGAAACAUCAUCGUCGGCAUCGUUUCCUGGGGUCAUGGAUGUGCUAACGAGACCUUCCCUGGACUCAGUACCGCAGUCGCCCCUUACAGUGACUGGAUUGUUGCUACCGCCGUUUAGUUUGGACAAUCUAGUUUGUUAUGAUGUUGUGGAUGUUUACAGGCCUUGAUAACUUUCCACCAAGCGACAUGAUUGCUCGUUUGUUCAGUCAAUUAUAAAGAAUAAUCCUCUUAAGUAACAAAUAUUGUUAAUAAGUAUU